UUUGGUUCAAUCAAAUACGAUCAUACAUUAGGCUAAACACCUCGCAGUAGUAGUAGUAGAUUUGUUUUCAAAAAACCUCCAACCCGCGCAGCCCACUCCUUCCCGACCUCGCCGUCAACCGGCGCUCCGGCAAUCUCGUCGUCGUCCGGCUCUCCUACUAAACCGGUGUAGAUCCUGGCGAAGUAAUCUUUCUGUUACACCAAUUGGGUUGUUCCAUUACCCUCGCCCCCACUUUUACCGCCCCCUCAAAUUUUGUAUGUAGAAUUUCAGAAUUACUAGAAAUUCUUCACAUCAAAUGGGUUUCAAAGAAAACUGCAGAAACGAGCUCCGAGCCGCUGUCCGUCAGCUCAACGACCGUUGUCUCUACUUUGCCUCCAAAUGGGCAGCAGAGCAGUUAGUGGGAAUAGAGCAAGACCCAACGAAGUACACGCCAUCACACACUAGAUUCCAGCGUGGCAGCUCCAGCAUUCGUCGCCGGUUCCGUACAGCCACAGAACCUGCUGCUUCUUUCUCUUCCACACCGGUGGCCGGUACAUCUUAUGUGGCGACCCCACCGGUGGUGUUGGAGGAUGAUGGCAGUGACACCGCCAUUGACAGUGACUUUUACCUGCUUGCUAAGUCCUACUUUGAUUGUCGUGAGUACCGGCGUGCAACUCACGUGCUUCGCGACCAGACUAGCAAAAAAGCUAUCUUCUUGCGGUGUUAUGCUCUUUACUUGAUGAGCCUUGAUACUUAUUCUGCUUCUUGCGUCUUCCUGAAGGCUGGGGAAAAGCGAAAAGAAGAAGAGAUAAUUGAACUUGAGGGACCCUUAGGCAAAAGUGAUGUUGUGAACAAGGAACUGGUUUCUCUUGAGCGAGAGUUGUCUGCACUUCGCAAAAAUGGAACAAUAGACUCCUUCUGUCUUUACUUGUACGGACUUGUUCUUAAGCAGAAAGGCAGUGACAAUCUUGCUAGGUCAGUUCUUGUCGAGUCAGUAAAUAGUUAUCCUUGGAACUGGAGUGCUUGGUCUGAAUUGCAGUCAUUGUGCACUACAAUUGAGACAUUGAAGAGUCUGAAUCUUGAUAACCACUGGAUGAAAGACUUCUUCCUAGCCAGUGCUUACCAAGAACUCCGUUUGCACAAUGAAUCAUUGGCAAAAUAUGAGCACUUGCAAGGAACUUUCAGCUUUAGCAAUUAUGUCCAGGCCCAAAUCGCUAAAGCUCAGUACAGCCUGAGAGAAUUUGAACAAGUGGAAGUUAUAUUUGAAGAACUUCUAAGAAAUGACCCUUACAGGAUUGAAGACAUGGAUAUGUAUUCCAAUGUGCUGUAUGCCAAGGAAUGUUGUUCAGCCUUAAGUUAUCUCGCACACAGAGUAUUCUUGACUGAUAAAUACAGGCCAGAGUCUUGUUGCAUUGUCGGGAACUAUUACAGUUUGAAGGGGCAGCAUGAGAAGUCGGUCAUGUAUUUUCGGAGGGCCCUCAAAUUAAACAAAAAUUAUUUGUCAGCUUGGACACUUAUGGGUCAUGAGUAUGUUGAGAUGAAAAACACUCCAGCAGCAGUUGAUGCCUAUAGGCGGGCUGUGGACAUAAACCCAUGUGAUUAUCGAGCCUGGUAUGGGUUAGGGCAAGCAUAUGAGAUGAUGGGAAUGCCCUAUUAUGCCCUUAAUUACUUUAAGAAGUCAGUGUUCUUGCAGCCUAAUGAUUCUCGGUUAUGGAUUGCAAUGGCCCAAUGCUAUGAGACAGAACAGCUUCAUAUGCUUGAAGAAGCAAUCAAAUGUUACAGAAGGGCUGCAAAUUGUAACGAUAGAGAAGCUAUUGCUCUUCACCAGCUGGCAAAACUGCAUGCUGAACUUGACCGUUCUGAUGAAGCAGCAUUCUACUACAAGAAGGAUUUGGAAAGGAUGGAAGCUGAAGAACGAGAAGGUCCAAACAUGGUUGAAGCCUUAAUGUUCCUUGCUAGAUACUAUAAGACUCAAAAGAGAUUUGAAGAAGCAGAGGUUUAUUGCACCCGCCUUCUUGAUUACUCUGGCCCAGAGAAGGAAACAGCAAAGAGUCUACUCAGAGGAAUAAGAUAUGAAAUGGAUGUUGAGCAUUUUCCACCCUAAGUUUACUGGAGAGUGUGUUCAUGCUUGUCAAUAACUCGCUGAAAAGCUUGGGGAGGUCACGUGGAACAGCAAAAGGUAUCAUUAAACUUACCGAAGGCAUGACCCUUGACAGAAAGGUGUGGAGGUCGAUAAUUAAGGUAGAAGGCUAGUAGGUAAUCGAAAGUGUUUCUAUCCCAUACCAGGAAUAUUAGUGUUAUUCUUGUAUAACUUUCUUUCCCAUACCAGGAAUAUUAGUGUUAGUCUUGUAUUCUGUUAAUGGUAGAUUUCUAUUAUUACAUGUUGUUCCUUUGCUUCA